AGCAGUCAGUCAACUUAUAGCCGCUCCAGCGAACGGACGCACCGAAAACCGAGCUAUAGGAACUCUACGGCAAAUACAAAACCCGAAAUCGAACCCAUGACUUAUAUAUAGAGCCAAACGAUUUGUUUACGUGUCGUGACGCGAGUGUGCCAGCAGUUGUGUGCGUGUGCCAGACGCAAACAGAAAGUAAAGUUGAAAAAUAGAAAAAUUGAAAUAAAUCAAAGGCAAUCACCAUGAUUAGCACCACGGAUUAUCCAUCGGUGGAAACCACCACAACUGCCGAAGAGCUGUAUGCGGAGUACAUUUCCGCGCCGGCCAGCAGCAUGAGUCCCGCUGCGAUUGCCGAGCACCUGCAGCAGAAUCAGAUCACCUUCGAGAUACCCAGUGCCCACGAUCUGCGACACAUCGACGCCCUCAACUCCUUCAACGCCCUGCUCCAGAGGAUCGGCAAUGCGGCGGUGUCCUACGAUCCCGCUCCACCCAGCGGCUGGUCCCCGGAUGGCAGCAUCAGCACCGAGCAGCUGUCCAAGUCGGUGGUUCUGGAUCUGGCCGACUUGCGGGACAGGUCCGAGGAGUCGGGCGAGUCCUCGUGGUGGAGCCAGAUCUUCGGGGAUGCCGACAUGCAUGUGAUCAUCAACUAUCUGUGGAUCGGAGUGGUCAGCUCGCUGGUCAUUCUGUCGCUGGUCUUCAUCCUCUUCAGCUGCUACUUCUACAGAAAGUUCCGCACUUGGAAAAAAUGCAAUAAGGACAUACGUGCCCAGAUCCAUGCGGCCAGUGACUCGUACUCCUCGCACCUGGUUGGAUGCGACGCCAGCAGACUGCUGUUGCACCAGCAGAUGCAGCAUCCACAUCAUCGGAGCAGCGAGGCUGGCUUCUACCAAAUCGAAUCGCCGCCCUGCUACACAAUCGCCACCGGAUUGCCCAGCUACGAUGAGGCACUGCAUCAUCAGCCCCGGCACUUUGCCUACGGCAUGAAGUUCGUUUAUCCCUCGUUGGCGGCCGUGCAUCAUCAUCACCAUUGCAUUUCCAAUUGGGAGAAGCAGGAGCCGCUGAAUAAGCUGCAAAAGUGCAAGCUGUCAGCGGCAGUGGCAGUGGGAGUGGCAACGGAGGAGGAUAAAGCCGACUCCUCAUCGUCCACGUCUGCAUCUGCAUCUGCAUCUGCUUCUGCAUCCCCAUCCCCUUCGGAAUCCGGGAACUUGGCCACAGCAACGCCUGCCAUUUGCAUUAACAUGCCAAAUGGGCGGCAGGAUGAGGAGGUGGAUAAUUCAGAUUCCGAUUCGGCAGUUGCAGCGGCAUCGGCACAAAGUUUACAGCCGGCGGCGCCUGCCGACGAUGAUUGCGCCUCAUUGGUCGUUGUUGUUGCCGCGUGAUUGCCCACCCAAGGGUCAGGGGUCAGGGGUUAAGGGGUCAGUCGAGGGUUUAGGGCCGGGAGUAGCAGCCCAAUUGCUUAGUCACUUGUAAAUAGUUGCAUCGUCUGCUAAUGUUGUUUGCCCCAUGUAAUAACAUAUAUCUCCGAGAAUGUACCCUCCCUCCUUCCUCUAAGCAAAUUUAGUUUUCGUUUUUAGUUAUCUGUUAUAUAUUAUUGUAUUACGCAAGACUGAGUAUUAUUUAUUGUACUAUGUAUAAAACCGAAUUGUCUAUCGAUUAAGCCCUAAUAUCUAAGCGAGAGUUAAAGAAAAAAUAUAAAACUCGAAUGAACACAUUGCAAACUAAA